AUCCGAUGGAUCACGAGAUACCGGUAAGACUGAGUUGGGUUGUGGGGAAAAACUCGUGCAAAGAAAAUCUUGAGCAAAGAAACUUCACCAACAGUAGUUAUGCAUGCGGCAGAAAUACUGAAUGCGUUGACCAUGACAUGGGAUAUCUAUGUCGAUGCAGUAGAGGUUAUAGAGGGAACCCUUAUCUUCUCAAUGGCUGCAAAGAUAUAGAUGAAUGCAGAACAUCAACGAAGUUGUGCCCCAAGGGAGCAGUGUGCAAGAACAUGCCGGGGAAUUUUUCUUGCAUUUGCCCAACUGGCUAUCAUCCCGAUGCCACCAGAGAAAAUGGUUGCGUACGUGAUAGACCACAAGUUCCCCUGGCUACAAUUGUCUCUCUAGGCAUCGUCUUUGGCACAAGUUUAGUCGUUAUCCUGAUAUCAACAAUCUUGUGUGGCUGGAGGCUUAGGAAGCGAAGGCAAGCAAAGGCCAGAGAAUUGUUCUUCAAGCGAAAUGGUGGCUUCUUGUUACAACAACAGAUUGCUUCACAGAAAGGCGCAAUUGGGAAAACUAAAAUAUUUGUCACAGAAGAGCUGGAAAGAGCAACAGACAACUUCAAUGCAAGCCGGAUUCAUGGAAAUGGAGGCUUUGGUUCAGUUUAUAAAGGAAUGCUAGCAGAUGGUCGAAUAGUAGGCAUAAAAAGGGCUCACGUUGUGAAUGAAAACCAAGUUUCGCAAUUCAUCAACGAAGUGGUUAUUCUUUCACAGAUAAAUCACAGAAACAUAGUGAAGCUGCUAGGCUCUUGUCUUGAGACUGAAGUUCCUCUACUGAUAUUUGAAUUUGUGAGUAAUGGUACUCUCUCAUACCACUUGCAUGAUGAGGGUCAUGUGUCAUCUCUUUCUUGGGAAAGCCGAUUCAGAAUCGCCUUGGAUAUUGCUGGUGCACUUGCUUAUUUGCACAGUGCUGCCUAUACAUCUAUUUUUCACCGAGAUGUCAAGUCAACCAACAUUUUAUUGGAUGAAAAUUAUAGAGCUAUUGUCGCUGACUUUGGAAUUUCACGGUCAAUACCAACUGAUAGAACUCACCUAACCAGAGAAGUACAUGGGACAUUCGGUUAUUUAGAUCCAGAGUAUUUCCAGUCUAACCAAUUCACAGAGAAGAGUGAUGUUUACAGUUUUGGAGUAGUUCUAGUAGAGUUGUUAACAGGUGAGAAAGCAGUUUCUAGCAUUAAAUUUGAGGAAGAAAAGAACUUGGUGAUGAAUUUUAUAUCAGCAGUGAAAGAGAAUCGCCUAUUCCAAAUAUUAGAGGCUCGUGUUGCUAUGGAAGCAAAAAAAGAUGAGGUCUCGGAAUUUGCAAAGCUUGCGAGGAGAUGUCUAAAAUUGAAUGGGAAGAAAAGGCCAACCAUGAAAGAAGUUGUAAUUGAGCUCGAGAAACUGAGAACUUAGUGGUUCUUGAGUCCUGAUCAAUUUUCAAUUGCUAUUUUGAUGAUGCAGCUACGAUGUUAUAUUUUAGAGCUAUAAGUCACAGACAUACUAACCCAUAUCACACACUAAAGAAAGAAGAUUCAAUGAGAUCUUCACAUUUUAUAUCUUGUUUGUGGAAUUUAUAUGGGCUUCCAAAUUUUGGAGCAUAGCCUAGGAUGCAACUCCAGAAGCUCUGAAAAUUGAAUUGCCGGACACAACGAAUUUCCUGUGACAGGCGUAGGUAUUUCGUUAUCGAAACUUCAAGCACAAACUAUAAUUUCAUUCUGUUGAUGUAAUACUCCGAAUC